AUGGCUUCCGCCCUGAGUCUCCUCCAACAAUAUUCGCAAUCCGCCCUGGCGCGGCUGCCUCCGCCCGCGCAGGAGCUGCUGCUUCAUCCGCUCACGCAAAAGGCCGCGGGCGCGCUGCUCGCCCUGGGUCUCGUGCGAUCCGUCAACAACCGCCUCACGCAAUGGACGAUGAACAACUGGACCAGCGCCGGCCGCUGGACGCCGUCGCGCGAGAUCGUGCUCGUCAGCGGUGGCUGCAGCGGCAUCGGCAAGCAGGUCGUGGAGGAUCUGGCCAAGAUAGGCGUGCAGGUUGUGAUUCUGGAUAUCAACGAGCCCAACUUCCCGCUGCCCGCCAACGUCCGCUUCUACCACGCCAGCGUCACCUCCUCCGAGAGCAUCGCUGCCGCCGCCGCGACCAUCCGCAAGGAGGUGGGCGACCCCACCGUCCUCAUCAACAACGCCGGCGUCGCCUUCGACCAGACCAUCCUCGAUGAACCGGAGGAGAAGAUCCGACUGACCUUCGAGGUUAACACCGUCUCCCACUUCCUCAUGGUGCGCGAGUUCCUUCCCGCCAUGAUCCGCGCCAACCACGGCCACGUCAUCACCGUCGCCAGCAUGGCCAGCUUCGUCGCCCUGGGCGAAAUGGCCGACUACUGUGGCUCGAAGGCGAGUGCGCUCGCUUUCCACGAGAGUCUGCGCCAGGAGCUGCGCUACUGGUAUAAUGCGCCCAAGGUGCGCACGAGCAUCAUCCAUCCCAUGUGGGUCCGCACUCCGAUGAUCAAGAUGCUCACAGACCACGAGUCCAAGUUCGGUCAGCCCAUCAUGACCGUGCAGAAGGUGUCCGAUGCCAUCGUCCACCAGAUUGUCUCCCAGAACAGCGGGCAGGUCGUUCUCCCGGCGAGCAAGUCGGUGGCUCGCCUGGUGCGCGCGAUGCCGACCUGGAUGCAGGAGACGGUGCGCUCGAUCGAGGCUGGCAAGCUGUAUCGCAUGCGUCUUGCUCAGAAGGCGGAGGAAGAGCAGGGGAAGCACUAG